CCGGCCAUGGGGCGGCCCGAGCUGCUGCCGGCGCUGCUGCUGCUGCUGCAUCUGCUGGCCCCAGGGGCCGCCAAGGAGUGUGAGGAGAAUCAGUUCCAGUGUGGGAACGAACGCUGUAUCCCCUCAGUCUGGAGAUGCGACGAGGACAAUGACUGCGUGGACAACAGUGACGAGGAUGACUGCCCCAAGAAGACGUGCUCAGACAGCGACUUCACUUGUAACAACGGGCACUGUAUCCCAGAGCGCUGGAAGUGUGACGGCGAGGAGGAGUGUCCCGAUGGGUCUGACGAGGCUGAGGCCACAUGCACCAAACAGGUGUGCCCCACGGAGAAACUGAGCUGUGGUCCCUCAAGCCACAAGUGCAUCCCCUCAUCCUGGCGCUGCGACGGGGAGAAGGACUGCGAGAUGGGUACCGACGAGGUCGGCUGUGCCACAGUCUGCUCCCCCAAUGAGUUCCAGUGCAGUAACCGGACGUGCAUCGCCACAGUCUUUGUGUGUGACGGGGACGAUGACUGUGGCGAUGGCAGCGACGAGCGGGGAUGCCCGGCCCAGGUCUGCGGACCCCAGGAGUUCCGAUGCAACAGCAGCACCUGCAUCCCCGAGCGCUGGCUCUGCGACGGCCAGGCUGACUGCGAGGACCGGUCGGACGAGGUGCCUGAGCGAUGCGGGCGCCAGGCGGGCACAGCCGCCCCUGCCACCUGUGGCGCCAGCGAGUUCCUCUGUGGCAGUGGCGAAUGCAUCCAUCUGACCUGGAAGUGUGAUGGGGACGCGGACUGCAAAGACAAGUCCGACGAGGCCAGCUGUGCUGUGGUUUCCUGCCGAGCUGAAGAAUUCCAGUGUGCAGACGGGACCUGUGUCCAGGGUGCCAAGCGCUGUAACCAUGAGUUGGACUGCCCUGAUGGCAGCGAUGAGGCCGGCUGCCUGCAGGAAUCCACAUGCGAAAGUCCCAGCAAGUUUCAUUGUAAGAGUGGCGAGUGCGUGGACAGCAGCAGAGUGUGCGAUGGUCGCGCAGAUUGCCGCGACGGGUCUGAUGAGCCAAUGAAAGAAUGUGUUAUGACAGCGGCCCAGAGAAGGAAGAGGCAGCCCAGGGAGGUUAACGAGUGUGCCCACAACAAUGGUGGCUGCUCCCAUAUCUGUAAGGACCUGAAGAUCGGUUAUGCCUGUGAGUGCCCACCAGGAUAUGAGCUACUGGACAAAAAGACGUGUGGAGACAUCAAUGAGUGUGAUAACCCGGAUGCCUGCAGCCAGAUCUGUAUCAACUACAAGGGGUACUUCAAGUGCGAAUGUCACCCGGGCUACGAGAUGGACACGCUCUCCAAAAACUGCAAGGCUGUUGCAGGCACGAGCCCCUCCCUGAUCUUCACCAACCGCCAUGAAGUCCGAAGGAUCAACCUGGGCAAGCGGGACUACUCGCCCCUCAUCCCCAUGCUCAAGAACGUGGUGGCCUUGGACGUGGAGGUGGCCACCAACCGCAUCUACUGGUGUGACCUCUUCUACCGCAAAAUCUACAGUGCUUUUAUCGACAAGGCCAAUGACCGGACAGAGCAGGUGGUCCUCAUCGACAGUCAGCUGCACUCCCCCGAGGGCUUGGCAGUCGACUGGGUACAUAAGCAUAUCUACUGGACUGACUCUGGCAACAAGACCAUCUCCGUGGCCACCGUGGAUGGCGGCCGGAGGAAGACCCUCUUCAGUCACGAUCUGAGCGAGCCUCGAGCCAUUGCUGUGGACCCGCUCCAUGGGUUCAUGUACUGGUCUGACUGGGGCGACCAGGCCAAGAUUGAAAAAUCAGGCCUGAAUGGAGUGGACCGGCAGGUGUUAGUUCUAGACAACAUCGAAUGGCCCAAUGGGAUCACCCUGGAUUUGCUGAGCCAGCGUCUCUACUGGGUGGACUCCAAACUGCAUCAGCUCUCCAGCAUUGACUUCAGUGGUGGCAACCGGAAGGUCCUUAUCUUCUCUGUGGACGUUCUGAGCCACCCCUUUGGGAUUGCAGUGUUUGAGGACAAGGUGUUCUGGACAGACCUGGAGAACGAAGCCAUCUUCAGUGCCAACCGCCUGAAUGGCCUUGAAAUCUCUGUCCUGGCCGAGAACCUCAACAACCCUCAUGACAUCGUCAUCUUCCAUGAACUGAAGCAGCCGAAAGCUCCCGAUGCCUGCGAGCAGAGCUCUCAGCCCAAUGGCGGCUGUGAAUACCUGUGCCUUCCUGCCCCCCAGAUCUCCAUCCACUCCCCCAAGUACACCUGUGCCUGUCCUGACUCCAUGUGGCUGGGCCCAGACAUGAAGAGGUGCUAUCGAGCCCCUCCAUCUACCUCGACAACGACAUUGGCCUCCACCACCGUGAGGACCCCCAGCACAAACCUUCUCACCACCAGCCCUGCCUCCCUCCCAGGCCACAGGAAGAAUCAGAGCUCGGGAGAGGCCUCACAGACCUCCGGGACAUCCCCUAGUGAGCCCAGCAUCAGCCCGUCUUCACCAGGGGUUGCCACCCCAGGAAACAGCAACCACUCCCAGCACUAUGGGACCAUGGGUGGCAAGCUGGUCUCCACAGCCACGGCCGCCAUCAUUGGCAUCAUCGUCCCUGUGGCGGUCAUCGCCUUGCUGGGCAUGAGUGGCUUCCUGAUCUGGAGGAACUGGAAGAGGAAGAACACAAAAAGCAUGAACUUUGACAACCCCGUGUACAGGAAGACGACAGAGGAAGAAGAUGAGGACGAGAUCCACAUUGGGAGGGCGGCGCAGAUUGGGCACGUCUACCCUGCACGUGUGGCAUUAAGCCUUGAAGAUGACGGGUUGCCCUAAGGACGAGCACCCCUCCGUGCCUGAUGGGAUCAAACACAUGCACUGGACUCUUUCUGGACACUGGACGGAUGGACAGAUGGAUGCAUUUCUUUGCCUGGAGUUGUGUGUGUGUGUGUGUGUGUGUGUGUGUGUGUGUGUG